UAGUUCUAAGUAUAUAAUAACAAUGAAUUUGUCACGGGUGUGUCGUUGUUGUCUCUCAGAAAAUUGUUAUAAAGAUAUUUCUAGCGAAUAUUUCUAUGCAGGCCAAAAAGAAGUUUAUUCUGAUUUGUUAUUUGAAACCUUCAGCCUAACCAUUUCAUACUUAGAAGAUGAAAACCGACUAAUCUGUGAAGAAUGCAUUGAGAAGCUGAGGGCAGCUGCAGCAUUCCGAAAGCAGGUGGAGGACACCGAGGAAUCCAUCUGUAAUAUAUCCAGAGGACUACAACAGGAAUCCGUACCACAGCCAAAAUCAGAUUUCAAAGAAUUGGAAGAAACAUCAGAGCAUGACUCCGACUUCAUAGAUCAUUUAGUGGAUGAGGAAUUCACAUGGCAAGAUGACCAGAUGGCAAAUGAUGAAGGAAAUUUAAUAAUAAUAAAAUUGGAACACGAAGAUAUACAACUACAACCAGAUAAUAUAAAAGAAAGAAAUAAAUUAUUUAUUAAUGUUGAUGAUAAUAAUAAAGAAGAUAUUACGGAACGAAAAGCAAGAAGUAAGAAAGAUAUACUACAGGAGCCAAAAAAAAUAAAACGUCAAAUUCCACAAUCACAAAUAAAUCGUAAACAAAAUUCGUUAAAAUUAAUCAACAAUGCAAAUUUAUGCCUCUUCGACUCCUUGAAAACCAGAUUUAAAUGCUUUUAUUGCAAAAACUCUUACUUAAACAUAACAGAAUUACGUAACCAUACAACUUUACAUUCAGAUCCAAAAUACUUAAAAAUGUGCAUCAAUCGACUGCAAGGCAUGUCGUUCAAAAACGUAGAUAUAUCAAAUUUAACCUGCAAACUUUGCAGUUCAAAACUAAAUAACUUAGAUGACCUGCAGAACCAUUUAACGCAAACUCAUAAUAUUGAGUUUUCUGGUUCGGAUCACAUGUUGAUCCCUUAUAAAUUAGAAGAAGGAUUCCGAUGCGUUUUAUGCAAGGAAAACUUUAACACAUACUAUAGGUUAUCCAUACAUAUGAACAGUCACUAUUCUAACCAUGUAUGUGAGAUUUGCGGCGCCUCAUACAUUAAUAGAUUAAGUUUACGUGUCCACGUGCAUUCAAUACACAAGGAAAAGAAGUGUUCCGUGUGUAAUUUGACAUUUUCUAACAAUUACUCGAAAAUAAAACAUAUGCGGAAAGUGCACAAUCGUAGCGAAGCUAAAAGGUACUGUCUCCUUUGCAAUAAGACCUUCAGAUACACUUAUUUACUUAACGAACAUAAGAUACAAGAGCAUGGGAUGAAGAGGCAACUGAGUGUAUGUCAGGAGUGUGGGAAAAGCUUCCUUAGUGCAGUGAACUUAAGGACUCAUAUGAGAGCAGUGCAUUUAAAGGAACGAAAUCACCCUUGCCAGUUCUGUGGGAUGAGCUUUUUUACAUCUUGCGACCAAAGGAGGCAUGAACGGACGCAUCAGGACGUUAGAUUGUUCUCAUGCACCAACUGCGAAGGACGUUUCAAAUCAAAAGACUCCCUUCGAAGACAUCUCAAGAGACAGCACGCACAACUAUUCGUUUCUGACGUUGGCUAACAUAUUUUCUAACUCUGAUGUAUGCCCACAAAAAACCCCUGAAAAUUAUUUCUUGGCAACACUUAAUAAAGAAGAACUUGAAUCAAACCUAUUAGAACAAAUGUAAUUAAAUUUCUUUUCAUUUUCUUCUUAUUGAAUUUAAAUACACGAAUAUUUUUUUAAC